AGGGGGCUCGCCGCGGGGCUCGCGCGCUCCUCGCGAGAGUUGGCGGGCCGGGACAUGUUCCUGAGGCGCGCUGCCCGCACCCCCUGCCCGCGCUGGGCCGGGGCCCCGCCGCACGCUGCCCCCGCCUCAGCCCGGCGGAGGCGAUCCGGCCGGAGCCCUUACAGAGCCGUGGUCUUGGACGCGAGCGGGGUGCUCCUCCCGGCCCCGCACAGGACAGCCGCGGACUGGGAGGCCCGGAAUUGUAUUCCAGCCGGCACCAUCCAACGAGCUGUAACCUCUGGAGGGGAAAACAGUCCCUCUCUCAAGUACUCAAGAGGAGAGCUGACGACUGUGGAGUUUUUGCAGGAGCUGGGACAGCAGUGCUUUGAGAUUGCAAACGUCUGUGUUCCAGUGGACUCUUUUCUCUCCAACUUAAUCAGGCGUGAGAUGAUAAAACAGCUCCCCACAAUGGCAGAAGCAGUACAGUGUAUCCGUGCGGAAGGCCUUAAGACAGCUCUUCUGAGCAACAGCUUCCGUCUGUCAAACGGAGAGAGCUUUCUGCCCCUAGACCAGCAGCACUUCGAUGUGGUAGUUGAAGCUCAUCGGGAAGGAAAGUGCAAGCCAGAUCCUCGUAUCUACGAGCUGUGCUUGGAGCGCUUGGGCGUUCGGCCUCAGGAAUCCAUCUUCCUCGACAGCAGCAGCCAGAGCCUACAAACAGCGGCCCGGCUUGGCAUCAAAACAGUGAAGGUCGAUGAUCUAGAAGUAGCACUCGAAGAGCUGGAAACCCAUCUGGGCUUUCCUUUACAAGGCUUUGUGCCAUAUACUUGUUCAGUGAGAGCAACCGUGGAAAUUCCAAAAGAUCGUCUGCAAAAGUACCUUGAAAAUGUCUUCAGCGAGCAGGCAGCAGGUCCGCUGGUGUUACGGCAGUUUGGCCGCGGCUGGGCUGCCCGGACCUAUUACGUCCGGUUUGGAGCCCGCUCGCUGGUGCUGAAGAAGGAGCUCCCUGACGGCCAGCUUCCCCCAGGCCCUGCUGUCAGCAGAGAAUACAGGGUACUGAAGGCACUCUCUGAGGCUGGUGUUCCCGUUCCCACUGUACUUGCUCUCUGUGAGGACAGCAGCACCCUUGGCGCGCCCUUCUACCUGAUGGAGCACUGCGCCGGCCACAUCUACAGCGACGCCUCCCUGGCAGCGCUGCUGCCCAGCCAGCGGGGGGCCGCCUACGCUGCCAUGAGCCGAGCCCUCGCCAAGAUCCACAGCGUAGACCUCGGAGCAGCCCGGCUGGAGGACUACGGGGAGCGUGGUAAUUACAUUCAGCAGCAAGUUGAUUCCUGGACAAAGCAGUAUCGAGCUGUGGAAACUGAUGUCAUUCCAGCCAUGGAGAGGCUCAUCAAGUGGCUGCCUCUGCAUUUUCCUGACUCUCAGAAGGUGACGGUUGUGCACGGUGACUUCAGGGUGGACAACCUGGUCUUUCACCCAGAGAGGCCAGAAGUCCUUGCUGUCCUUGGCUGGAAGCUUUCAACUCUAGGAGAUCCCAUCUCCGAUUUGGCGAAUAACUGUAUGGCCUUCUUCCUGCCACCUCACUUUAACGCACCGAGAGGCUCGGCGCGGUGGGGUCUGGGGCACCUGGGGGUCCCCACUGCAGAGGAGUAUUGCCAGAUGUACUGCGGCCACAGGGGAGUGGAGCGCCCCGAGAACUUUCAUUUCUACAUGGCCUUUGCCUUCUUCCGACUGGCCGCAGUGCUGCAGGGACGCUACAAACGCUCUCUGGCAGGGAGGCCAGCGCCAGGUGAAAGCCGCCCGGAGGACGCAGAGUUGGUGGCAGACCUGGCCUGGGACUUUGCCAUCAAAGAAGGAUUCCGUGUGUUUGAGAGCCUCCCUGCUGCAAAGCCUUGUGCACGGCGUUACAGCACCUGGGCCAGGCAGGGGCCGUUCCUCAGCAGGAGCUGUGGCACCCGGCCGUGUCCCGGGGCUGCCUCCGUGCCCCAGGUCCCCCUCACUUCCCUCAGCAGCUUCUUGGGGAUGGCCCAGGGUCUUUACUGCAGGCUGGAAAGGAUCUUGGAUGUCCAGGGGAGUUUUCUGAUUUCCCAGCCCAGGUGGACUCUGCGACCUCUUCUAGACCUGCAGGUCUCUGGAGCAGAGCGUCGCAGCCGUGCGGACCCCAGCCCAGGCCUGAGCCCCACGCCCAGCUGAAGGUCCCACGAAGGUCUGGCCGAAGGUCCCGUCUGCCUCACAGGACAGCACGCUCCAAACCGGAGCUGAGACAGCGCUGGGGAGCCUCGGGUGUGAGGCUAAACCGGCCCCUCCGGCG